GAUAGGUAAAAAGAAGAUGUCGGGUCGCCGUGUCGCUGCAGCAUGUGAUAGACGUCAGCUGCCACGGGGCAUGGGUAGCAUGGCAUCCCCCCUCCUUGACCCGCGCCCGCUUCGACUGCCGUUUCUUGAGGCUGACAGUCGCCUCCAAUCGAUCUGCGGGCGCUCGAUGCAGCAGCCUUCGCGGAGGAGCAUUCUUCGGUCCCGGCCGCCGCCGCCGCCUCCUCCCUUGCCGCCGCCGCCCAUCGAUGCGCUCAGGGCUCCGGUCGCCAUUUUAGGGGGAGAGCGAGGGAGGCAGAAGGAAGGGUCGGCCCCUCCAAGGCAUUCCUUGCUCACAAUGUAUAGAACAAAAGUCAGUUUGAAAGACCGUCAGCAACUUUAUAAACUGAUAAUUAGUCAGCUGCUUUAUGAUGGAUACAUAAAUAUUGCCAAUGGCUUGAUAAAUGAGAUAAAACCACAAUCAGUCUGUGCACCAUCUGAACAACUGCUGCACCUAAUUAAGUUAGGAAUGGAGAACGAUGACAGUGCUGUUCAGUAUGCAAUUGGACGGUCAGAUACAGUAGCUCCAGGCACAGGAAUUGACUUGGAAUUUGAUGCAGAUGUACAGACCAUGUCUCCCGAGGCUUCCGAAUAUGAGACUUGUUAUGUCACAUCUCACAAAGGGCCGUGUCGUGUAGCUACAUAUAGCAGAGACGGACAGUUAAUAGCUACAGGAUCUGCUGAUGCCUCAAUAAAAAUUCUUGAUACAGAGAGAAUGUUGGCCAAAAGUGCUAUGCCUAUUGAGGUCAUGAUGAAUGAGACAGCACAGCAAAACAUGGAAAAUCAUCCUGUUAUUCGAACUCUGUAUGAUCAUGUGGAUGAAGUUACGUGCUUAGCUUUUCAUCCAACAGAACAGAUCCUAGCAUCUGGUUCAAGGGACUACACACUUAAGUUAUUUGAUUAUUCAAAACCUUCUGCCAAAAGAGCCUUCAAAUACAUACAGGAGGCAGAGAUGUUGCGCUCAAUUUCUUUUCACCCUUCUGGAGAUUUCAUACUUGUUGGUACUCAGCACCCUACUUUACGACUGUACGAUAUCAAUACUUUCCAGUGUUUUGUGUCUUGCAAUCCUCAAGAUCAGCACACUGAUGCCAUAUGUUCAGUAAAUUACAACACAAGUGCAAACAUGUAUGUGACGGGAAGUAAGGAUGGAUGCAUCAAACUGUGGGAUGGUGUUUCGAAUCGCUGCAUCACUACUUUUGAGAAGGCACAUGAUGGAGCUGAAGUCUGUUCUGCUAUUUUUUCCAAAAACUCAAAGUAUAUCUUGUCAAGUGGAAAAGACUCUGUAGCUAAACUAUGGGAGAUAUCCACUGGUCGAACACUGGUCAAAUAUACAGGAGCUGGUUUGAGUGGACGACAAGUACACAGGACACAAGCUGUCUUCAACCACACAGAAGAUUAUGUGCUGCUUCCGGAUGAAAGGACCAUAAGUCUCUGCUGCUGGGACUCAAGAACUGCUGAAAGGAGAAAUCUUCUUUCUCUGGGGCACAACAGCAUUGUCCGUUGCAUUGUCCAUUCUCCUACCAAUCCUGGCUUCAUGACCUGCAGUGACGACUACAGGGCUAGAUUCUGGUACAGAAGGUCCACGACAGACUAAGGACUUUAUAAAACAGUGAUGCUCCAGAUUGAUUCUAUCAUCUUGAAUUGAUUGUACUGCCGACAGAUGCCUACAAGAAAGCUGUGCUGUGUCUGGUCUUUCAUUCUGUCAAGUGUGGCAGAAACAAUAUCAAAAUACUGAGACUAAGUUUUGCCCCAUGCUAAUUUUUUUUAUUAGUGUGUGUGGCUAAUUUUUUGUCAGUCAUCUCCAAUUGUACUCAAGGAGUGGAGAGGGGAAGGAGGGGGGCAAAGAAUAAAAUGAUCCUUGCAGAAAGGAUUAAACUUGUUUUCCUGUCUUUCUAAAUCCCACAUGACAAUAAUGUGACUGUAUCUUGCUCAAACUGGGCAGUGUGAGCCAGUUUUGCUCUGCAUUGUAUCUGUGCAAUCCCACCGAAGUCUGUUUAAAGAAUGGAUUACACAAGUAACAGCAGAACUUGGCAGAUACUUUAAUGAAGCCUUAAGCUGCCUUCAGUUCUGAUCAUUCUUUGUAAAGCUGUUUUGUAUUUUUUUUGUCGGGGGGGGGUGUAUUUUAUUUUUUUUUUUUUUCAAUUAUUUUCCAAGUGUCCCUUCAGUUCUGAGCCGGUUUUGUGCCAUAAGAACUUGGAACAGGAUGUUAAAACUGUUCAGAUGAAUUCCGGAAAUGGUGUUCUCGUUCUGGUAUUAAAGCUCAGACUUAAAA